AUUCUUCUUCUUCCUCAAACCACUUACUUCUUCUUCUUCUUCUUCUUCUUCUCCUCUCUUGAUUACAGAUAAAGUCUUGAUUUUGAAAUCAAGAACUCAAUCGGUGAAAAAAUUGCGAGAUGGGUUCAACUCCGUUUUGCUAUUCAAUCAAUCCAUCUCCAUCAAAGCUUGAUUUCACGAGGACACAUGUGUUUAGUCCCGUUUCUAAACAGUUUUACUUAGAUUUAUCAUCCUUCACUGGGAAAUCAGCAGGAGGAGGAGGAGGGUUUAGGAGCCGUCGAGCUCUUGUCGGAGUAAAGGCGGCGACGGCGUUGGUUGAGGAGAAGCGAGAGUCAGGGACAGAGAAGAAGAAGAAAUCGAGGGUUUUAGUUGCCGGAGGUGGAAUCGGAGGUUUGGUGUUUGCUUUAGCUGCGAAGAAGAAAGGGUUCGAUGUGUUGGUGUUUGAGAAAGAUUUGAGUGCCAUUAGAGGAGAAGGACAAUACAGAGGUCCGAUUCAAAUACAAAGCAACGCUUUGGCUGCUUUGGAAGCUAUUGAUACUGAUGUUGCUGAACAAGUUAUGGAAGCUGGUUGUAUCACCGGUGAUCGCAUUAACGGUCUCGUUGAUGGUAUCUCUGGUACUUGGUAUGUAAAGUUUGAUACUUUCACUCCUGCCGCGUCAAGGGGACUUCCUGUGACUAGAGUUAUUAGCAGAAUGACUCUGCAGCAGAUCUUAGCACGUGCUGUUGGUGAAGAAGUGAUUAGAAACGAGAGUAAUGUUGUUGAUUUUGAAGAUUCUGGUGAUAAGGUCACUGUGGUGCUCGAGAAUGGUGAACGCUAUGAAGGUGAUCUGCUUGUGGGUGCAGAUGGCAUUUGGUCUAAAGUGAGAAAUAAUCUGUUUGGUCGAAGUGAAGCUAGUUAUUCAGGCUACACUUGUUACACGGGGAUUGCUGAUUUUAUACCGGCUGAUAUCGAAUCUGUUGGCUACCGGGUCUUCUUGGGAAACAAACAGUACUUUGUUUCUUCGGAUGUUGGUGGUGGGAAAAUGCAAUGGUAUGCAUUUCACGAGGAACCAGCUGGUGGGGCAGAUGCUCCAAAUGGUAUGAAGAAACGAUUGUUUGAAAUAUUUGAUGGUUGGUGCGACAAUGUACUCGACUUGUUGCAUGCAACAGAGGAGGAUGCGAUUCUCAGAAGAGAUAUCUAUGAUAGAAAUCCUAGUUUUACUUGGGGUAAAGGGCGUGUUACGCUGCUUGGUGAUUCUAUCCAUGCGAUGCAGCCAAAUAUGGGUCAAGGUGGAUGCAUGGCCAUUGAGGAUAGUUUUCAACUAGCAUUGGAGCUUGACGAAGCAUGGAAGCAGAGUGUUGAAACUAAGACACCUGUGGAUGUUGUUUCCUCUUUGAAAAGAUAUGAGGAAUCUAGAAGGCUCAGAGUCGCUCUUAUACAUGGGAUGGCGAGGAUGGCUGCAAUUAUGGCUUCCACUUACAAAGCAUACUUAGGUGUUGGGCUUGGUCCUCUCUCUUUCUUGACCAAAUUUAGAGUACCACAUCCCGGGAGAGUUGGUGGGAGAUUCUUCAUUGAUAUUGCUAUGCCAAUGAUGCUUAACUGGGUCCUUGGAGGCAACAGUGAAAAACUAGAAGGAAGGUCACCUAGUUGCAGACUCACUGACAAAGCCGAUGACCGGCUUCGAGAAUGGUUUGAAGAUGAUGAUGCUCUCGAACGUACUAUAAAGGGAGAAUGGUAUCUGAUUCCACACGGCGAUGACUGUUGCAUUUCGGAAACGUUAUGUCUAACCAAAGAUGAGGAUCAACCUUGCAUCAUCGGAAGCGAACCAGAUCAAGAUUUACCUGGAAAGCACAUUGUGAUCCCUUCGUCUCAGGUUUCGAAAAUGCAUGCGCGUGUGAUUUACAAAGAUGGAGCUUUCUUCUUGAUGGAUCUUCGAAGCGAACACGGAACCUAUGUGACAGA